CUUAUGUUGUUAUAACAAAUAAUGUAAUAUAAUCUUGUAUAAAUAUCUUUUUAUAAAAAGGUUUAAAUAACGAAGACUACACAAAUUUUUCUUUACUUCAGUCUAGUUGGUAAUAGUCGUACGAUAGAAGUAGAAUUUUAAGUUGCUGAUAUUGAUAUGCCGAUUGACGUUUGUAAGGUACCCGAGAUAGUCAAAAGGAGAGUAAGAAAUACGAGUGAGAAAUAUUUGUUUUCAGGAGAAUGUCAGAUUCAAUGGUAGAUGAAAGAGUGACUGAUGAAAUCGAAGCAUUAAAAGCAAUUUUAUUGGAUGACGAACUAAGCAUAAAAGAAAAUGACAGAGGAGAGCCAGAAUAUAUUGAAACCAUCUUAUUCCCCUCGACUGGAGAAGAUUCACAAUCUCAAUAUGUCUGUGUUACACUUGUUGUUCAAUUACCUUAUGGUUAUCCGGAUGUAUCUCCCAAUAUUAGCUUAAGAAAUCCUAGAGGAUUAGAUGAAGAUACAGUAAGGUUAAUGCAAUCAGACGCUGAAGCUAAAUGUAAAGAUUUUAUUGGACAGCCAGUAAUGUUUGAGUUAAUUGAGAUGAUUAGAGAACAUCUUACAAGAAGCAACUUACCUACAGAUCAAUGCGCUGUUUGCUUAUAUGGUUUUCGAGAAGGUGAUGAAUUUACAAAAACAGAGUGUUAUCAUUACUUUCAUUCCCAUUGCUUAGCGGCACAUGUUGCUGCAGCUGAACGUUAUUAUAGAGAAGAGCAAGAGAAGCUACCGCAAUGGCAACAAGACACUACUAAUAAAUUUCAGGCCAUUUGUCCCGUUUGUCGGGAAUCUAUACAUUGUGAUGUUGAAAGUUUAUGGUCAGCUCCACCUCCUAUAGAUGUGGAAGCUGCCACAGACUUUUCAGUUACUGCAGAAUUAAAAGAGCUUCAAAAGCAAAUGGCUGCAUUAUAUUUGAGACAACAACAGAGGGGUGGUAUCAUUGAUUUAGAAGCAGAAGGAGUAAAAAUGUUGCUAAGAACCGAAGACGAUACUGCUGUUUCUACAGAGAGACUCAAUCCACCUAGCACCAGCUUAAACACAUAUGCAAAUCAAUCUAUGCAAUCAGUCACUCAAGUGCAAUCUUCAAAUAAUACUCAAAACCAACCACGACAAUUUCAUCACAAUCAUCAUGGGCAUAAUAAUCAUGGACACCGUAACAGAGGUAGAGGACGUGCCCAUUAUCGACGCCAAUUUGAUAAAAUGAGGCAUACUGAAACUACUCCCAGAUGACAAUGGGCUCGAGAUAAAAUAUUAACUGCCUGGUCAUUUACUUUGCUAAGCGUAUAUAUUACAGUUAGCAUUAUCAUAUUCAUAAAUGUAAUAUACCGUAAUUAUCUAACUUUAAAUUAUCUUCGUGUGAUAAAGUUAUAGGUGUUAUUGUUCAGCAGUAUUCCCAUUGCAUUGGUGUAUAAGAUGGGAAGUGUUGAAAGUUCUAAGGACUGUCUACAUAGACUGAAGCCAUGGUGCUCUUUAAACUGCAAAUGUACAGAUUUUUUAAUUCAGUUUCCAUAUUUUUACAUUCCUGCAAUUAUAUCAGCUAUGGAAAGAUUCUUAAUUAAGAGAACUGUGUUAAAGAUAUUUUUACGGUGCUUUAUAAUUAGAAAUUGUCUUAAAAGUAGCAGAUAUAUUAGUACCCUGCAUAUCUCUUAAAGUAGCAUUUCAAAGUGGUUCUUAAUUGAUAAUGUAAUAUGUUGAGCAAUACUGAUUUAAUUAGACUGACUGUAAUAUCUUUUGUAAGAAGGGAACAUAUUCUUCAUAUUUGGAAUUUGCUAAUACAAAAAUACAAAUGUAAAAUGUAUUAUUUUCGUUCAUAAAUUGAUUAAGAUUAUCUAAGUUAUGUUAUAUCAAAAUCAACAUACUCAUCUAAGUUUCUGUAAACAUUGUAAUUUUGUAUUUAUAUUAUUCUUGUUUUAUGCAGGAUAAAGGCAUUGUCUAUUGUAGAUACUCCUUCAACAUAUAUAAAUUGAAAAAAAGUUGUUAAUAGUUUUAAUCUCUUCCACAUGAAUGUGAUACUUACAAAAGGGUAAUAGUAGGCUAAAAAAGGAACAUCAAUAUGUAUUAACAUUGAUUAAUUUUCUAUUAGAAAAGACAUUAUGAUAUGUUUCAGUCAUCUCUUUAAUGAAAUAAUUAAUUACAUGACAAUGAUUGUUGUAUUUUUUAUGUUAGUUUAAAUAUUAAAUUUUAAAAAUACUGAUAAUGAUUAUUUUGAGUUGACUAUGUCAAAAACAAAAGAAUAUAGAGAAUAGAAUUUUUUUUAAUUGAUUAUAAGUAUAAAAAAUGUUUGAUACAACGGAAAUGUUUGGUAGAAAGAAGAAUUUUAUGAAUAUCUUUUUGCCUGAUAUUUUAUCUAGCCUAUGUGCCCAUUAAGUAAUAAUAUUAAUAUAUGGGUGAUAGAUAUGAUACCUGAUCUAAUUGUAUCACUUCUGAAAUAUUUGGUUUAAGUUUAACAAAACAAAAUUAAGCUUUUAUUUAAUAACAGUAAUCUUUCUAUCUAUUUCACAAUUCUCUUUAUAAUUUUAUUAUUUUUCUUUGCAAUAUUGUGUUCAAUAUUUCAGUGUUCAAAAGCUUAAACACAGUAAUCGUGUUAACGCGUUCUUGUGUACUGGGCAGUAUAAUAUUAAAGUAUUUAAUACUUGGAAAUAUAUAUAUUAUUCUACUAAAAUUUUUUGGAGGAUAGUCAAAGCAAAAUGUUAUUAGUGCGACAACGUUUCUCAAAUCCUGGAUUUGUGGCUUAUGUAGCCAUUGUUCCUACAUGUAAUAUAAUGAUACAGUAUAAUUAUAUUUGUCGACUAUUUCAAUUUGUAAACACCAAAGACUGCCGAGUUUAGAGAAAAA